AUGAGUGCCUCCGGGCACCAUGGCAAGCCGGAAGGCGAGAUGUUCUUCAAUCGCCCCUCCGAUCGCGACUCACCCACCAUCGUCGAGCCACUGCGCAUCAAUAAGAGAACUUCCAGCGCAUCCUCUGGAAUGCCUUCAACCACCGGCAAGCAAAGCCCUGCUCCCCAGCAACCACCUCAAAGUACAACGGUGUAUCCUAUGCCUUCCCUGCCUUACCCCGAUGAAUAUUCCAGGCAGCAAUCAGAGUCUUCAAGAACCAAUGGCUCCCCCGCACCGAAUCCGUAUCCAUAUCCCGAUGUGAGAAGAGUGACUUCUCCAGAAGGGAUUGGUAGCGCAGGCAGUGGAACAAGACAACAGGCUAAGAGAACGACUUCGGGAGAUGGACGACAGGGCCAAACUCUGGCAGAGCGACGCGGGACCAUGCCCAAACCUUUACCAGAGUCACCGGGACCCGACGCCCCAGAUAAAGACGGGCUCUUCCAACGAACCCCUCAACGAGGUGAUCCUCCAUUGACGGCGCCCAUGCCCGGCAUUCAGAAUCAACAGCAGUACUGGCCACCGCCAUCAGCCUCGUCUGCCGCCGAUGCUCUCAGCAGGCUACAGAUCAGAGAUCCUUCCUCGAUUAAUCGCAUCAGCUCUACCGCUUCGACAUCGACGACGCGUGCUCAGCGAGGGUCACCUCCUCCACCAGAGACACCAAUUGUGGCUCCUGGCGCAAGACCCCAGACGGACAUAGAAGCCCGCUAUGCAGCAUCGGGAAUUGCCGGUACGGCCACCUUGACCAGCUUACAAGCUCAAAGCGUAGCCGCGCAACAGAGAGCCGCUCAGUAUGGGAUUGCAUCUCAGCCAAACCAGACGCAGAGCAGUGACCCCCCGAGGCGGCCAUGGACACCAACCGAAGUCCCAGGCAGCAGCUCUCAUCCAGCCCCUACAGUCUACCAGGGCAUGGGUGAGGCCCAACCUUCUCCUCCAGCGGCAGCACCAGCACCAGCAUCUCAAUCGAGACCGAUCCAGUCUCCAGGUCGGACCCAGCAUCCUGUUGAAAGUGAGAUAUCAAGAGUACAGCCUCACGAAGAACCCCCGCCGGCAUAUUCCCAAGUUUCCGGCCCCGCCGCGGCCGCCGCGCGACUCCAAAAUGAGAAGAACCGACGAAGUGUCGCCGGUGGAAGCACUCCGGCAUCAACAGCAGGACCAGCUCCUCAGGCGAGCCCUAUGCCUGGAACACACAUGCCCAAUCAAUCGGAUCAUCCGGCUUUUGCUAAUGAUCCCCGACAGACCGCCCCGAGCGUGGCAGCUCAUCAAACCGUCAAUGGCCCGGUGCAUCCCGCUCAGCAAGCCAUGCCUCAAACUCCGUCGCAAAUCCCUCCAGCGUCUCCUCCUCCGCUCCCGGAGGGAUGGAUAGCCCACAUGGACCCCAACUCUGGACAAUAUUAUUAUAUCCAUCUUCCGACCCAGUCGACUCAAUGGGAGUUCCCCAAAGGUCCAACACCACUGAACUUGAAUGACACACCAUUAUCACCCGUGGCUAGUGUCUAUCAAAAUCCUCUGGCAUCUCCUGGACUCUCUUUUGCUCAGAAACCAAUGGCAUCCCCGGGGCUCCCCUUGACUCCGGGAUACGACCAACAGAGUGUCAUGGGCUUGUCGAAUCCGGCCGCUUUCACAGGGCCACCACCGAGCAGUGGAGUUGAUUUAUACAAAGUCGUGGCUACUAAUGGAGUUUAUUUUGGUCCCUACCUCCGUUAUGCCAAUAUGGAUAUCGAUCGAGGCAUUUGGUAUGGGUCAAUUCUUUUAGUCACAGACGCACCGCAACCGCCGACGAUACACAUCCACCAAAGUGUCGACUUGUCACCCAACCCGCGCCAAUUGAAAGCGGCCAACAUUUCGACGCAUCAGCGCUGGACGUUCUACAAAUACGACAUUGAUCUUCGAAUGGAGGAGUCGGAACCAGCGAAGUGGACAUACGCCAUCACGUCCCAUCUUGGCUGUACACGAUAUGAAUUCCUGGUCGCUGGCAAGCACGAGACAAACUGGCGGUUCAUUGCCACGUCCGGAAAUGACUUUUCGUUGAACGUCAGUGCCAAUGAGCGCACGAGAUUGGGCGGUGUCGGUUUCAUGUGGAAGGAUAUUAUGCAAAAACAUGCGGAAUGCGGUGGAUUCCAUUGUCAGCUUGGGCUAGGAAGCCAAAUUUAUGCUGACAGACUCUGGAAAGAGAUCCCUUCGCUAAAACAAUGGUUGGCGAUGAGCGGGAAGGAGAACCGAAAGAAUGCGGUUUGGACGGCAGCUCACGAAGAGGACGUGACCCAUGCAUACUUUCAUUACUACACCAGCCAUUUCGACCAGCCGUAUUUGCGCGAAGCUUUUGCUCAAAUACCUCAUAUUUUGAUAAUUGAUGAUCAUGACAUUUUUGAUGGUUUCGGAUCUUAUCCCGAAUAUAUGCAAUUCAGCAACAUGUUCAAGAAUAUUGGACGUAUCGGCAUCGAGAUGUACCUGCUUUUCCAGCACCACACCACUUUAGAACUUCUCCGCAACGUGUCGGACGACCGAGACUUAUUCACCAUCACAGGAACUGGAUGGCAUUUUGUCAAAUUCCUCGGCCCCGCUGUGGCUGUGGUGGGUCCAGAUACAAGAAGCGAACGGAAUCCUCACCAGGUCAUGGCCGGCCCGACGUAUCAAGGUCUCUUUCCCAAAAUUGCAUUGCUCCCACAGACCAUCCAGCAUUGUAUUUUGAUGAUCGCGGUGCCGUUGAUCUACCCCAGGCUUGAUGCAGCUGAGCAAAUUGCUCAUACGAUGGCCACCGGAAAGAAAGCGGUGACGGGUGCGUAUAAUGUUCUGGGGAAAGUCACAAGUUCUGUAGCAGGAGUGGUGGGAGCCAAGGGCGCGGUGGGCUCUGGAUUUGAUUCGGUCAAACGUGCCGUCGGCAAAUCAGGAUUGAUGGGAGGCAUCCUGAGUCCCUUUGGAGAUAUCGAUGUUCUAGACGAGUUGAAAGACCAGUGGACGCACGAGUCAAAGGAUCUCGAACGGACCUACUUCAUUCGUACGCUACAAGGAAUCUCUCACCAGAGGUCCAUUCGCAUGACGUUUAUCUCCGGUGCUGUCAACACCUGUGGUGCAGGUUUAGUGCAUGACCCGUCGCAUCCAUCCGAUCACAAGACGAUGUAUCAACUCAUUUCAUCGUCGGUGGUGAACACGCCUCCUCCCGGAUAUGUCAUGAAAUUGCUCAACAACAACAAACCGCUUUACAUUCCGGCAAACGGACAGAGAUCGACUCCCUCGCAGCCGACUGAUACCAAAGAAGACAUGAUGGAAAUCUUCACACACGAUGUGACCGGCCAACCAAGCAACAACCGGAAACUGAUGGCAAGGAGAAAUUACGUGGCGGUGGUGGUUUAUGAUCCCGAAGUGGUGAACGGAACUUUUGGCCAGACCGGCAUGAACCGAGGAUCGGGCAAGUUGAGUCUGGCAGCAGACUUCUUGGUGCAGGGAGAGGGCACAUAUGGGAAUGUAGUGAAAUUUGGACCAGUCGUUGUACCGAGCUUGGAGUAUGGACGUUGA